AUGGAUCUCAUUAACAUUGAUAUCAGUCAUGAAACCGUAGACGUGGAUCCAGAUUCUAUUCGCAAAUAUGACAAUAACAAUGAUCAUUUGUCUUUGAAGAGAGCAUUGCAGACUGUCAUUACCGCUACUACCAAGCAUGAUGUCGAUUCUAGCAUUUAUGCACCAUCCCACCUGUUGAUACCAGAUAAUACAUGGAUAUACAGGAUCAUUUCCCCGUUUUGCAAAUUGGUGCCACCGGUGAGGCGCUUUGCUGCUAAGAAUCAUUACGGGAAUUUUGUGAUUGAACGUGAGACAGGAAAGGAGGUAUGGGAAACGAUGCCAGUAUACGCUAGGAUUGGGAUGCAUUUGUUGUUUUUCGGAAAAUUGGAAGAAAGAGUUGUAGAGGCUUCCAUGGUCCGUGAAUUGUUCGCAUCAGAAUCUAGACGUCAAGGAAAAUACUUUGAUUCUCCGCAUUCCACUCGAAACAUUCCCGGAUUCAUCAAACACUAUAAUAUCAAUACCGAAGAACUUUUGGAGCCGGAUAUCAGUAAAUACGAAACUUUUAACGAAUUCUUUUACAGGAAAUUAAAGCCAGGCGCGAGGGUUAUUUCAGAACCGGACAAUGAUUGCGUGAUCGUUUCUGCAGCGGAUUCUAGGCUCAAUGUUUAUCAGAAUAUUGAUCUUGCCACGAAAUACUGGAUCAAAGGGAAAAAUUUUACGGUUGCGGGACUUCUCAAUGACGAAGAGUUGGCCAAGGAGUUCAACGAAGGUUCCAUCGCCAUCUUUCGUUUAGCACCUCAGGAUUAUCAUCGAUUCCACUCACCGGUCACGGGUGUUGUGGGUUCAUCGAGUUUUGUGAAUGGAACCUACUUCACUGUCAAUCCAAUGGCGAUCAAUGAAGACCUUGAUGUUUUUACGGAGAACGUCCGUUCGGUGAUGAUUCUGCAUUCAUCCGCACCGGGCUCAUCCAAAAUUGCGUUUGUCUCUAUCGGAGCCCUUCUGGUGGGCUCCGUUCGAUACACGUCAAAAGAGGGUGACAAGGUUAUCAAAGGAGAUGAAUUAGGUUACUUCGCUUACGGCGGAAGUACUAUCAUAUGCUUGUGGCAAAAGGGAAGGGUCAAAUUUGACGAGGACUUAACGUCGAAUUCCUCACAAUGCCUUGAAACCUUGGUUAAAGUAGGGAUGCGUAUAGGAGUUAGCAUCACGCCCUGA